AGCGGGCGGUGCCGCGCUUCUACAUCCGGAGUGCUCGGACCUUUCACGGGCAGCGAAGGCAGACGAAGAAUGGAGAGAGAGCCGCUAGCCGCCAGCAGCACCUCCUCCUCCUCCUCCACCUCCGCCGCUCGGCUGUUAGCGUGAAGCAUCAGAAGGCGCUCACGGAGCCCCGGGCGGUCCUCCACACUCCGUGACCGAGCAGCGGCAGCCGUGGCCGGGCGAAGCGGAAGGUGGGAGAGAGCCGCUGUUUGAGCAGCCUUCAGGGUCUCCACCUCCUCCCUGCUGGACAGAUGUCGAGGUCCAACAACUGAAGCGGUGACUGGGUGAGGACGUGGAGGAGCGUCAGCGGACUGCACCGACCGGCUUCAGUCCCAUGAGAGUGAUUCUGCCGUCCAGGCGCCGCCAGUGACCAGGGCUGUGGCUGCGGUGGGCCCGGCCCAGGAGGCCUCUCUGUACAUCACUCCGGGCUCACGCCGACUUGCGCCGCUCACGCCAUGGAGCAGCAGAGAGACAAAUAUGGGGAUCGGCCGGCCAGGAGCACCAAAGUGUCCCAGGGAAGCCGCAGCGGACACUCGUCCCGGCCGUCCGGCUCCUCCAGCUCCUCCGGGGUGCUCAUGGUGGGGCCCAACUUCCGCGUCGGCAAGAAGAUCGGCUGUGGAAACUUCGGCGAACUGAAGCUUGGUAAAAAUCUCUACACGAAUGAGUAUGUAGCCAUUAAACUGGAACCAGUGAAGUCGAGGGCGCCACAGCUGCAUUUAGAGUACCGGUUCUAUAAAACCCUGGGAACCACAGCCGAAGGCGUGCCUCAGGUGUUUUACUUCGGGCCUUGUGGGAAAUACAACGCGAUGGUUCUGGAGCUGCUGGGCCCGAGUCUAGAAGACCUCUUUGACCUUUGUGACCGGACAUUUUCACUGAAGACCGUGCUAAUGAUCGCAAUUCAGCUGAUUUCCCGAAUGGAGUACGUCCACUCUAAAAAUCUCAUCUACAGAGACGUGAAGCCCGAGAACUUUCUCAUCGGUCGGCAAGGGAACAAAAAGGAGCACAUCAUUCACAUCAUCGACUUUGGCCUGGCCAAAGAGUACAUCGACCCCGAGACCAAAAAACACAUUCCCUACCGGGAGCACAAGAGCCUGACCGGCACCGCCCGAUACAUGUCCAUCAACACACACUUAGGCAAAGAGCAAAGCCGGCGAGAUGACCUGGAGGCCUUAGGCCACAUGUUCAUGUACUUCCUCCGUGGGAGUCUGCCGUGGCAAGGACUAAAGGCUGACACAUUGAAAGAACGAUACCAGAAGAUCGGAGACACAAAACGGAACACUCCCAUCGAAGUGCUGUGUGAAAACUUCCCAGAGGAGAUGGCCACCUACCUGCGAUACGUGAGGCGGCUGGACUUCUUUGAAAAGCCCGACUACGAAUAUCUGAGGACGCUGUUCACCGAGCUGUUCGAGAGGAAAGGCUACACCUUCGACUACACCUACGACUGGGUCGGCAGGCAGAUCCCGACGCCGGUGGGAUCCGUCCACAUAGACUCUGGGGCGUCUGCAGUCACAAGAGAGAGUCAUCAGCAUAGAGAUCGACCCUCGCAGCACCAACCCAUCAGAAACCAGACAGCAGUCUCAGAUCGACGAGGAGCAUGGGAGGUGCAGCCCACACGCCAAGCAAACUCCUCCUACCUGACCUCCCACCUGGCAGCGGACAGGCACGGAGGCUCAGUGCAGGUUGUCAGCUCGACCAACGGGGAGCUGAACGCCGACGAUCCGCUGGCGGCUCAUUCCAACGCGCCCAUCACAGCUCAGGCAGAGGUGGAAGUGGUCGACGAGGCCAACUGCGUGAAAAUGCUCAACCUGUGGUGCUGCUGCUUCUUCAAGCGGAAACGGAAGAAGAACACGCCGAGGCACAAAUGAUGGCCACGCCCGCGGCCCAGCCCCGAGCCUCGUGUUGUCCGGCUCUGUCCAUCACAGUUCACAAAUGGGCGCCGUCCCUCUGGGACUCGGCCGAUUGAAGACCUGGACGUGAAUUGUUGAAACGCUGUGUCGACGUGUACGAGACGCUUUGACAGGAGACCUUUCUGUUUUUGUCUUCAUUUCUGCCGGGACGUUUGGCAGCUCGGCCCGCGGAGCGGGAAGCUUUUCCAUCCAGGAGGAGGAUCUUCGGUCUGCUCCGGUUCCUCCUCUGCGUUUUGAGCUCGGAGGAGCCAGAGCUUUUCGUUGGGUUGUUCUCCCUCCAGGCGAAGCUCCGGCGGUCUCCGCCCCUCGCUGGUUUGCUGACUCACGUUGACCCCGAGCCUCCUGUCGGUCUUUCCUGACGUGGAACUGAAUGUAAAACCCGAGGAGGCCGGAGCGGAGCGGAGCGGCCUCCCGCCUCCUCCAGGCUCACCGUCCGGCCCGUGCACUUUCCCCUGGACGAGGGCCGGACAGGACCGGGCGUCGGAGGAGUCCUGCUCGCUUCAAGCACUCCACACACACACUACUUUUGACUCUCGUGCAGCCUUUUUCUUUCUUCUUUUUUUUUUUUUUUUUUUUUUUUGAACUCCUGUUGUCUUUGUGAUGAUGAGCGGUGAUCCGACACAGACAGGGCCGAAACCCGACAACAAAAAAACAAAACAAAAUGAAAAAAAAAAAAAAAAAAGAUAUUUAUGCUAUUUAUCUCUUUAGUUGCCACCAGUUUUUGUUUUUCCUACUAAUUCUAAGACAUACACACUGAAUGUAUGGACGGAGGAGUGAGUGACUUCGGAGCAUUUCUAUAAUCUGUCAUGUGCAUGGGAAGGAAAUUGCAGUUUGGGAGUCGAACCAGAUGACCAAAACGUGAGCGCUUUGGGAGGGUCUUCAAACGCUUGUCAUCUUAUAAUAAUAACAAUAAUAAUAAUAAUAAUAAUGGAGGACGGUUGACAGGAGGAGCCGGCGUGACAGCCUCUGAAAACGCUUCUGUCCGAUGCCUUAACCGGGAGCGGCGGCCCAGCCGGAGUCCGGCCAGCAGCAUGGCGGCUGGAGGGGGGGGCGGGGCGGGGGCGGGGUCUCACUUGUAUAUUUAAAAGGCCAAAAGGCUCCCAGCUACACUCACAGAGCAGUUAAUGACUUCCCACUCGCACACUCAAGAUUUCCUUGGAGAAAGCAAUGCCAAAUGUGAGGUUUGGUGUGAUUUAGUGUGUGUUCCAGAUGUUCCAGAUGUUUCUCCCCCUCGUGUGUCCUGUCCGAUGCGCCCCCCCCCCCCCCCCAUCUCCUCCGAGCGAAGUGAACAUGUCCAUAACAUUUUCUCCAGUGUGACGGAGGACCGCCUUGAAUCAGUGCGUCACCUUGCCUUUCCUCCAGACUGAGAGCGAAUCGCCGCUUCAUUCUUUCAUCGAAUUGCUAAUGUGAAUUUUUGUGUGUGUGUGUGUGUGUGAGCGUGUGUGUGUGUGUCUCCAUUCCAAAUAGCCAUGGUUUUUUGGGGAAAGAGGGUGUGAGAAGCUCCGCACUACAUUUGUUCCCCCGGAGUCCUGGAGUCGGCGCCCUCUCCGUUCCAGACUCCCGACGUGCUUCGGACUUUAUUUGCCGCCGCCUGGUGUGAAUCGGCCGUCCCUCCGCGGUGCAGAGCUUCUGUCUGCCCGCUCCCGUUUAUUUGUGCCAUCCCCCCCCACCCCACACACCUCUUCUCCACCCCCCACACACACUCCCAGAGGAGCGACUCUGCUUCAUCAGCGUUAGCAUUACAGUGUUGUACAUGUUGCAAGUUAUCAAUGAAUCAGUAUGUAAACCUGCUUGUUCUGUGUUUUUACACUGUAGAGCUUUUUGAUCUUUUUUUUUUUUUUAUUUUUUUUUUUCUUAACACCCCUACCCCCCCCCCCAUAUGUCCGCUACUCGGGGGUCUUUAAGUUAUUGUGUUUUCUAAAGUACUUGAAUCUGAGGGUCUGCGGGACCUUUUCCUUCGUUUCCCCGCCGUCGUCGGGCGCGCGGCGCUGGAGGGGAUCGGGUGGCGGCUCAUUCCAGGCCGUUCCGAGACGCCUUGAAGGUGACGCUUAUCGCGCUCGCCCUCUGGAGACCCCGAGCUCGUUCCCAGAGAGUGUCGAGUCGCCGUCUCCGACCAGAAGAGGUCACGCGUCAAGGUCGUGCUGCCUUCCAGUUGCUUCUGUGCACUUCCAGCUGCAGCCCGCGGCUCCAGAACGGCUUCAGAUAAAUCUAGAAUGAACAUUAAAACUUAAAACUGAUAAAUAACUAAAACUACAGAGAAAAAAGUAAUAUAGCUGUAUAUUCAUAGCGCCUGCGAACAACUACAAUAAAAUAAGGAAAAUUGCUAAAGCUGGAGAAAUAAAUGGAAUUGUUUCGUUUUUUGUUUUGUUUUUUUAGAAGAAACAUUUUUCAUUUUUGGGUUUUUGAAUUACUUCAAUGCUGUCAAACAUGGAUUCGGUAACUUUACAAGACAUUGGGAUACGAAAUUUAAUAGAAAUGCUAAUUUUCCCAUAAAAUAUGGACAGAAAACUAUGAAAAUAUUUGGUGUUUUUACUGUUUUUAUAAUCAUGCCAUAAUCAUCACAGCUUAAAGAAAUGAUGCUGAUUUACCUGAUUAAACCAGGGAGCUUUCCUUUGGUUUUUCUUUUUUUUGUAACCAGUCUUAAUGAAUCUUGACUUGAAUCAAUGUGGGAAAACGGUGAAAAAUCUCCGUGCUUCUCUUGCGUCGUGCCGAUCCACAAAUAUAUUUGAUCAAAUCUCCAAAUGGAUUUGAAAGAUGGAGGGACCCGAUCUUUGAUCCCGAAAAUCGCGUUUCUCAGUCAACUGGAACGCAGCAUCCCCAGCUCCUCUCUGUGUCUGUGACCCCCGACCCCCAGCGCCGUCCUGAGACGACCGGCCCUCCUCGCCUUUCACCUGUGCCAGGCAGACACGAAGUUGAAUGUUUUCUCUGUCUGUCGUCUUACUGAUCAUUCCUCGCCGUGUCCGCCGCCAUUUGACCGUCUCGCCGGGCGGCUCGGCCGGGAGCCGCCGCCGAGCGUCGCGCAGUGUUUUCCUGGAGGAACCCAGAGUCGAAAGACUGAUCAGCUUCUAGAGUUAGUGAUAUUACUGAGGUGUACUUCCAGUCCUCCUGUUCCCCGCACUCUGCGUGUGUGAGUGUGUGUAUGAGAGUGUGUGUGUGCGUGCGUGUUGGGUCGUUUCUGGGUUCUCUGGCACUUUCUCCGCCUGGUUGCUGUACUGUAGACUUGUGUUGGAUUUACUGUAUCUUUUCCUUUGAGGGAGAGGUGUGGGGCGACUCUUACUGCAAUGUCGUGAUGAUUAUUUGAAAACUGUAAAUUGUACAGAGUUCACAGUUGUAGUCCUUGUUUUUGUUUCUGUUUCUGUUGGGAAUCCGUAUAAGAACGUAUUCUUUGAUUAUUUUUCUCUCUCAGACUGUGGAAAAUCAUGUUGUACAGCUCUGAAAGUUUAUCCUCCCCUCAGCAUUACGUUUGUUUAUUUUUUUUUUUGUUUUUUUUUUUAGAGCUAUGAUUAAGAGGAAUCUUAAAACUGUAAAUAGAUAUUAUUGUGUUGAAAUAUGAAUGUCACUUCUAAAAUGUAUUUGAAUGAGUUAGUUCAAGGGCUUCAAGAAUGAAGGACCCACAUUUCUUCUUUUUAUUUGUUUCAUAUUUUUCAUUUGCAGGAUGCUAAAAGGCCUUUUUUUAAUCGGAGAUGCCUCGUUUGUUUUUUUUGUUUUUUGUUCCCCCCUCCUCUGAUUCAUAUAAUACAAUAUGUCACACAUGAACCUUAUAAGAAUCACUUUUUAUUCCCUCCACACCUAAAGGGAAACUCCAGUUUGCACCCUUUUUUAUGUACAAUAAAAAAAUCUCUCCACCUCGUG